AUGGCGGACGUUACCAACAUCCGGCGACGUCGCUUGGAGGCACUAGAGGAGAGUUCUCCUGCUGCGGCGGGAGCGAGUCCUGCUCUGGAAGUUGAUAGCGGAGGAACGACCAAAGCGGCUGCUCGUAAUGCUCCCGAUGACGAGGCGACGGCCUGUACGAUUCCGAGCGAGUUCGAGUGCAUUCUUUGCCUAAGGCUGUACCACGAGCCGGUAUCGUUGCCUUGCGGCCACACCUACUGCAGGGGUUGCCUGAAGCGAGCGCUGGCUAAUAAGACCCAGUGCCCCAUGUGCCGCGCCGCGUGCCACUUGGGAGCGGGCGACUGCGGGACGAACCUCGCCAUGGUUAGCAUCAUCAAGAGCCAGUUCGGGCGGCAGUACGAGGAGCGCGAGAACGAGGCGGAGCACGACGCGAUGGUGGAGGCCGAGACACGCCGUCGCGCGCACACGAUCGGGGAGAGCGUUACCCCUGCUCCGGACGGAUCGGUGCUGAUGCCCGUGUGCCUCCUCGACAUGCUCCUCUUCCCCCUCCAACCCGUCACGCUCUAUCUUUUCGAACCCCGCUACAUCACGAUGGUCAACCGGUGCCUCUCCAGCACCCGGCGCUUUGCGGUGUUUCAGGACCAGUCGCCAUCUACGGGGCUGUCGGGAGCCAUCCUCGAGAUCAGCGACGCCCGCAUGAUGAACAGGGGGCAGUACCUGAUCAUGUGCCGGGGCGUUGGCAGGUGCAACUCCUCCGCGGAGUUCGAGGUGGAGGCGGGAACGGGCGGCCUGCGGCACGCACGCGUUUCUCCGUUCGAGGACGAUGACGAGGCAGUCACGGGGUCCACCGAAAGCAGCAGCGGCGGGGGCGGCGGAGGCAGAAGGGUCACGGCGGACGAGGUUCUCGGCCCGGAGCUGAGGGACCUUGCCGACCGCACGUCGGUGGUGGUUUUCGACUGCCUCGCGAGGUUGUCCACGCGGCAGAAAAUCAGCCUAAUCCGCCGGUGCGGGGAGCCGCCCAAGGUCGGCAGGUCCUCCCUCAACAGCUACCGGAAGCUGAGCUACUGGCUCCCUUCGGCUCUCGCCCUUGCCGAUGCCGGCGGCAGCGGCGGCGGCGCCGCCUCUGGAGGCACCGCGGCGGGUGGUGGAGGAGGAGGCGUGGCGGCCGCCCGCGAGCGGCGGGCAGCGAUGUUCAGGAACCGGUCCCUGCGGCAGAGGCUCUCGGAGGCCUGCGAAGUGGUGAUGGAGAGCGAGGCCGUGACGGGGUCGACGAGCAGCCGCCGCGAGCGCGGCCUGCGGAAGCUCUUCGCGCCGCCCCCGAGCGGCCUCGGCGGCGGCGGGGGCGGCGGCGGCGGCCACGGGCAGGGGUUCCUCAGCUCCACGAGGAACUCGGUGAUCCUGAUCGUCGGCAUCUUCGCGGCGAUGGUGGCCUACCAGCGUAUCUCCAAGUGGCGGUGA